UGCAUGACUUGACAAAAACCAACCCAAUAAAAAAGCUCUCACGCAUAGAGAGACAGAGACAGAGACAGAGACACAGAGGCAAUAUGAAUCCCUAGAGAGAGAGAGAGAGAGAGAGAGAGAGAGAGAGAGAUCAAAGGUGAAAAAGGAAUGGAUGUGAGGAAAAUAGUUGUUGUAGUGGAAGAUUUAGAGAUUGCAAGAACAGCUCUUCAAUGGGCUCUUCAUAAUCUCCUUCGAUUUGGGGAUUUGAUUACUCUUCUUCAUGUGUUUUCUUCUCCUUCUAAUUCGAAAACCAGGAAGAAGAAGACCAGGCUUCUUCGUCUCAAAGGCUUCCAAUUGGCUCUCUCUUUCAAAGAUUUAUGUAACAACAGCUUCUUUAAUACAAAUAUUGAGAUUAUUGUAAGAGAAGGAGAUCAAGAAGGAGGGACAAUUGCAGCUUUGGUGAGAGAGAUGGGUGCUUUUGCUCUUGUUGUUGGACUCCAUGAUCAGAGCUUUCUUUACAAGUUGGCAAUGGCCCACAACAAUGUUGGAAACAUUUUAAAUUGCAAAGUGGUAGCCAUCAAACAACCAGGUGCAAUACAAGAAAUAAGGACAAGGGCAACGCCAGUAGUAGUAGGCAGUUCAACCAACAUGGACUUUUCACUCAUCGAGAUUGCUAGUUUAGAAGUUCCUGAUAUUCCUGCUCCAAAAGUUGCAUACAAAAUCUGUCCAGACCCAUAUGCAGUAAUUUGGAGAUGGAGGAAGUCAAGGAGGAAGAGUGGCUCCUGAAAGGGUGCCCUGGUUUAAUAACAAUCUCAAAUGCACAGUUUCAGGUUAAUCAUAGCUUUAGACCCUUCCCUUCAACAAUUAUUGGAUAUUUCAUGGUUGAGCUGUGGUCUCUGGCUCUUUAGACUUGUCUCAUUCAACACACCUCAAUAUACACAUUAGUUGAAUUUUUACACCAAAUAGUUUUCUGCUUACAAAUUUGUAAGUUUUGAAUGAUUUUUUUU